UUAACGGCCACGCCAUACGAAAACCGUUACCUCUCCCGGCUUCGCGUCACGUCUCCAAACAACCUCCACACGACCAGUCGUUCUCCAACCGCAACCGCGAUCAGUUCACCGUGUAGUAUACAGUGUACAACAAAAAAAAGACAAGUGAGUAAACAGUGUGUAGUGAUGGCGUCGAAAGCGAAAAAGAGCGGCACGCCCGCGUCGCAGCUGCCGCCGCGGCCCGCCAGCCCGCUGAGCCCCACGCGACACUCGCGUCUCCAGGAGAAGCACGACCUGCAAAACCUGAACGACCGUUUGGCCAGCUACAUUGAUAAGGUGCGCUUCUUGGAGACCGAAAACACCCGGCUGACCCGCGAAAUCCAAACCACCCAUGAGACCGUCUCUAGAGAGGUAACAAACAUCAAAUCCAUGUACGAUAACGAGCUCUCCGACGCGCGGAGACUGCUCGAUGAGACGCACAGGGAGAAGGCCCGUCUGGAGAUCGACGUCAAGCGUCUGUUGGAAGAAAACGACGAAAUAAAGGCCGAAUUGGCGAAGCGCACCAAAGAGUUGAAUGUGGCCGAGAGCGCGACCAGGAUGUACGAGACUAAAUGCAAUGAUUUGCAGCUCAAGUACAAUCAGGCCAAUACGGAUUGCAAAAAGGCUUUGGCUGACGCCAGGGACUUGGAGAAGGAAAGGGACAAGCUCAGGAAGCAGCUUGAUCAGCACAGGAAACAGUUGGAGGAGGAGAGUUUGGCUAGGGUUGACAUAGAAAAUGCCAACCAGAGUCUGAGGGAAGAGCUCAUGUUCAAGGAUCAGGUCUACCAACAACAGCUGACCGAAACCCGCUCCCGCCGCCAGAUCGAGCUCAGCGAGAUCGACGGCCACCUGGCGGAGAAAUACGAGGCUAAGCUCAAGGACGCGUUGCAAGAGCUGCGCGCCCAAUACGAAAAUCAGAUGGCCAACAACCGCGAGGAGAUCGAACUGCUCUACGAGCAGAAGAUCAAGAACUUGCAGUCGUCGGCCAGCCGCAACACAUCGGCGGCCGCCAACGCUUUGGAGGAGCUCCGAUCGGUGAGGUCUAGGAUCGAUACCUUGAACCACAAGAUCGGCGACCUCGAGACCCAGAAUCAGGCGUUAUUGGCCAGGAACAGAGACCUGGAGAAGCUCCUCGAGAAUGAGCGCCUGAGACACGCCGAAGAUCUGGCCUCCUUGGAGGCCGAAAUAGCCCGUCUGCGUGAGGAAAUGACGGCCCAAGUACAAGAGUACCAAGACCUGAUGGACAUUAAGACGUCCCUCGAUUUGGAAAUCGCCGCGUACCGCAAACUGCUGGAGAGCGAGGAGGCACGUCUCAACAUCACGCACACCUCCAGCGAGAGGGAACAGUCGCACGUGAGCACGCGCAGUCACUCGUCCACCGGCCGCAGGACCCCGGUGCGUGCGGGAGCUAAGCGCAAGCGCACUUUGAUGGAGGAGAGCUCAGAGAGCAGCGUCAACGACUAUUCCGUAAACUCCAGUUCAAAGGGCGACAUUGAGAUAUCAGACGUCGAUCCCGAGGGCAAAUACGUGAAGUUGCUCAACAAGAGCAACCAGGAGGUGGCCAUCGGUGGCUGGCAAGUGGUCAGACGUUCCGGCGACAACGAGACAGUUUACAAGUUUCACAGGUCGUUGAAAUUGGAACCCAAGGGCACGGUGACCAUUUGGUCUUCAGAUCUGAACAAAGACCACGAGCCCCCCAGCAAUGUGGUGAUGAAGGGACAGAAGUGGGUGACCGGCGACAACAUCACGACAACAGUCUUGAACGGCAACGGCGACGAGGUCGCCGUCUCUGAAAGAGUGAAACGCCAGUUGUCCAAUAUGAUAUUGCGGCACCGCGAGUCCGCCGGUGGUUUCCUGCCGACCGAGGAGCUCCACCAUCAGCAGGGCGAUCCGCAAGGAGACGAGAAGUGCCGGAUCAUGUGAAAUAGCGGACGGGACGAUACGAGCGGUCUGAGCUGAGUUGUUGGAUGCGGAGGCCUUGCGCCUCAUUUACUUUCUUUCGUUCGACGUGUGGUCGCGGGCGAGACCUCCGCGUCGCCUUUGACUUUCAGAAUUUUGUUGAGUCGUCGUCGUCGUCGUCGUCGUCGUCGUUGUCGUCGUCGUUUCUCUUUAUUAUGGACGUUUAAUUUUUUUUAUAUAUUUUUAUUUUAUAUAUGGUAAGAUUUUGGUGCAGUUCUGUUCGUUUUUGUUUGACAAUAGGGCUGGAUCGACUAAUUACGGAUAAAUAGCAUUUUAUAAUUGAUCAGUAAGAAGUAAUAAAUAUGAAAGUCGUUUGGUUUAGAUUGUAAGUGAAGGAAAAUGGCUUUUUGUAUUUGUGUUCGAAUAAAAUUUAUUAGAAUUUA